UGCACUGCGCGCUGCACAGUGAAGCGCUGCUUCCCCGCUUUAGUUGUCGCUGCUUUGCUAGUGCCCAGACGGUCUUCGCGGGAAUAAUGGAGGGCAGGGAGUGAAAAUUGGAGGUGGGCUCGAUUGUGAUAGAAAUCCCAGCAAUGGAGGGUUCUCAAAUGCAGCUUCGUAUCUUUGACCUCAAUUGCUGGGCCAUUCGUUACCUGAGCAAAUUACGGCGAGAGCGGGUUGCGUUGAUUGGGGAUGUCCUUAACCAGGAGGGAUUUGAUCUGGCACUCUUACAGGAGGUAUGGAGUGAAAAAGAUUAUCUCGUGCUGCAAAAGAAACUGUGUACUCAUUAUCCUUCUUCCCACUACUUCAAAAGUGGGGUGAUUGGCAGCGGGCUCUGCAUCUUCUCCAAACAUCAGAUCCUGGACACCUUCUUGUACCAAUAUUCUGUGAAUGGCUACCCAUACAUGUUCCAGCAUGGAGACUGGUUCGGUGGCAAAUCCGUGGGUCUCAUAGUGCUAAAGAUCGAGGGCAUUAUUUUCAACGUCUAUGUGACUCAUCUCCAUGCUGAAUAUUGUCGAGAGAAGGAUACAUACCUGCCCCAUCGUGUGGUUCAGGCCUGGGAACUUGGCCAGUUCAUACAGCAUACCUCCAAAGGAGCUGAUGUGGUGCUGCUUGGAGGAGACCUGAAUAUGCACCCAGAAGAUGUUGGCAUCCGGCUAUUGAGAGGAUGGACGGGGCUGCGAGAUUCCUUCAUAGCUGCAGAGAAAAUUAAAGGCUGUGAAGAUGGCUGUACCCUUGUGCCAGCCAACUGCUACAUCAACAAGAAAGAACUGCAGUGUUAUCCCCAAGGGAUUCGUAUUGACUACAUUCUUUAUAAAGGCUCAUCUCAAUAUGAUAUUAGAUGCAAUAUUCAUGAAACUACUACGGGAACUGCUCCUGGCAAGGAUUUUCCUUACUCUGACCAUGAAGCUGUCAAAGUGACACUCUCUAUAGUCCAAUCAAAUAAAAGUGAAAACAAUCUUCCAGUUGAGCCAGUUCUGGUGGAUGUCUUGAACGAAGCCCGUCUGGAGGUGCAAGUGGGGUUACAUUCAGCAAAACGGCAGCAGUAUUUGUGUGGCCGCAUGGCCGUCCUGGCUGUGCUUCUGCUGGUCAUACAAGGAGCCAUGGCAAUGAGUUCCAUAUUUGGUGGAGCUCUCCAGCAGCCCUUCCCCAAGUUCUCCUUCUCUUUGCUCAGUCUACUCUCUGUGUCAGUCCUGCUUAUCUCAGCUGUGCUCUAUCUCUUCCACAUCAUCGAAGUGAAGGUGCUGCGGGGAACAGAGGAACAAAUGCGGGUGGGGCUGAAGACGCUCCAGGAGAAAUUCAACAGCAGGUGAAACAUUUGAUGGCUGCACUGAUGGCAUGAACCAAGAGACUGGGCAGAGGUGGAAAUAACAAAUCCCUCUGUGAUUCUCAGCAAUAACAGUUCACUGGUUCUAAAUAAGGAAUGGUAAUUAACCUUUGAUACUGUAAAGGGGGGAGUUUAAUAGGCUGGAUUUUUGAGCAGUAACAUUUUUAGAUUUUUUUGUGCUGAAGCCAUGGGUGGAUUGUGAAACUAACCUGGCUAUUUAAAAAAAAACAAUUUUUAUCGUAAAAUACUAUUUUAAUAGAAUUAAACACAUACUGGACUGUUAAAUUUGUAUUGAGAAAGCAGGUAAGAACAGAUGCGUAAAAUAAAAUGCUCCUAUUUAUACAGCUACUUUUCCUGCAACUAUAAUGUUUUCAGCUGUACUAAGUAAAUGGUAACGACUAUUGAUAGAAAUCUGUUUUUAGUAUGUACCUUGUUGUGUAACACUUUAGCAUUUCUUUACACUUUAGAUCAGGGGUCCCCAAUCCUCAGUCCGUGGACCGCGGCAUGCCAGCAACCAGUCCACACAAACAAGCAAAGCCCCAUCUGCAGGAUAUAGGCAGCAUACAAAACCACAUUCCCUCCGGUCCAUGCAAAGAAAAACCUCUCUCCACAGAACUGAUCCCUGGGCCCAAAAGGUUGGGGGCCUCUGCUUUAGAUGACCAUGUACAGUGCAUUAGUUUUAGGAGCUGUCCAGUUCCUGGUGCUUAAUUGUAGGAAGGGAUAUCUUCAGAAUUUAGCAGAAUAUCAUAUAUAGUCCAUCCUUAAGUUCACAGAGAAGAGCAAUACAUGUUACCUUAAGAUGACUUAAGGUAUCCCUCUUCUCUCAAGAGUGUCAGAGUCCAGUGUAACCAAAAUCUGAAACAUCUGGGUUUUGGCCAAGACAAAUUUGAUGGAGUCUUAUUCGAUGUAUAUGGUAAAGCUGAUAUACACCACCCCUCCCUCCUGUCUCCUUAUGGCACAUGCACACAGCCCUCCCUUGAUCUUUCUGUUCCCCCACUUCCUUUAGUCAUUGCCGCCCUCCCCACUUUUGCCCAGAUGAUAUAGGUGUAUUUUGGACGGGGCACACAGACCAGUCAGACCUGGAUCUUGUCAUAGAACACUCAAUGACUGAAAUGUUUGCAAACCCUAUUACACCUAUGUUCAGGUGGGGUUAAUCAGAACCAACCACGACGAGAGGAACUUGAGUCAAAAAGUGAUUUUUGAAACACACAAAGCUUUGAUACCCAUGCUGAAAAUAUAAUAGAAAUUAGUUAUAAAUCAUCCAAUGUCUGUAAAGAAGUAGGCAACCAGCUCUUUGGUAUCUUUCGUACAUGCAUUUCUUUCAUCUACUAAUUUUCUUUUUUUCUCAAAAAUACUUGGUGUGAAAAUUAAUUUUAACUAGUUUCAGUUCAAAUUUAAGGUCAGGCUUGACUUAAUUACCUCUAACUAAGAACUAUAUUAUCUGCCUUGGCCGCCAUUUGCAGCUUGCUGAAAGCCAAAUAACAUAAUCCUGGCCACUUCUUGGAAGAAAUUGGGUCAAGACCAAGAAAACUUUGGAAAAAGCUGGAUGAAUAUUUCCUCUAUUGUGAAAUUAACUUGGAUAAAAAAAGACAGAACAGUGUUUCCUUUUCACUCCAUUAUGUUUAUUGGAGCUGUGCCUGUGAAAAGCCAGUUGGCUUAUAUCGAUCUAGAAGUAGACACUUUCAGAUUAUAAACUGACUUUAGUUACCAAA